CGGCUCUUGGUGAAUCGCACGUUAUCCACGAUGGACCUUAUGCACCAUUCCUCGACGUUUCUUCUCCCUACGAUGCCUGAAGACCAACGCCCUUCUCUAACCUACGCCCUCGUCGUUCUUAACCAAAGCCUCCCCAGAUUUACUCCUCUUAUAUGGAAGCACGCUCAGUUUCGCCUCUGUGCUGACGGUGGUGCCAAUCGUGUGUACGAUGAAAUUCCUCUGUUGUUCCCUCAGGAGGAUGCUUCCGGUGUUCGACGCAGAUACAAGCCGGAUAUAAUUGAAGGAGACAUGGAUUCCAUACGAAAAGAAGUACUUGACUUUUAUACCCGCCUUGGAACAAAAAUCGUUGAUAAAACUCAUGAUCAAGACACGACUGAUCUACAUAAAUGUGUAACAUGCGUCCGUGACUUUGCUCCGGGUUUGGACGAAUGUAAUCUCUGCAUUCUUGUUGCUGGAGCACUUGGUGGACGAUUUGACCAUGAGAUGGGAAACCUAAAUGUCAUAUGUCAUUUCUCGUCCCUGCGAAUAAUCCUUUUGUCCGAUGAUAAUCUCAUCCAUCUCCUUCCGAGGACUCACCGUCACGAGAUACAUAUUCAAACUUCUGUCCAGGGUCCGCACUGUGGACUAAUUCCGAUAGGGAUGCCAUCAAGAAGCAGUACAACAACAGGGCUUCAGUGGGAUCUGGAUAAUACAGAGAUGAAAUUUGGUGGGUUGGUAAACACGUCGAAUAUAGUAGAAGGGGAUAAUGUGACGGUGGAAUCUGAUUGUGAUCUUCUAUGGACCAUUUCCCUUAAAAAGUUGUCCUAGUUUGCAUUCUUAUGA